UAGUUUCGUACAUACUAGUACUAGAUCUAUAUUGACUAUAUUGCUCUUUCAGGCUUGCCAAGUUCAUGAAAUUUAUAUUUAUCCAAGACAGAAUAGCAGAAUGACUUUAACAAAACUUUCUUAUUUGAAAGCACAUUUACAAUAUGAACAUACUGGGGAUAGGAUUGUCAACAGGCGCCUGGAUGUCAUUGAUAAUUCUAGUCAACUUUCUUCCCAGUCAUCAAACUUUCAUCAACACCAUAGAAUUCAUACAGGAGAAAAACCUUACAAGUGUGAUUUAUGUUGUAAAUGUUUUAGACAACUAUCGGAUGUACAACGACACCUUAGAGUACAUACAGGAGAAAAGCCUUACAAAUGUGACACAUGUGGUAAAUGUUUUACAAAGUUUGUUAACUUGAGGAAACACCAUAGAAUUCAUACAGGAGAGAAAACUUACAAGUGUGACUUAUGUUGUAAAUGUUUUAGACAACUAUCAGAUGUACAACAACACCUUAGAGUUCAUACAGGAGAAAAGCCUUACAAGUGUGACAAAAGUGGUAAAUCUUUUACAAAGAUUGUCAACUUGAGGAAGCACCAUAGAAUUCAUACAGAAGAGAAAACUUACAAGUGUGACUUAUGUUGUAAAUGUUUUAGACAACUAUCGGAUGUACAACAACACCUUAGAGUUCAUACAGGAGAAGAGCCUUACAAGUGUGACAAAAGUGGUAAAUGUUUUACAAAGAUUGUCAACUUGAGGAAGCACCAUAGAAUUCAUACAGAAGAGAAAACUUACAAGUGUGACUUAUGUUGUAAAUGUUUUAGACAACUAUCGGAUGUACAACGACACAUUAGAGUACAUACAGGAGACAAGCCUUACAAGUGUGAGACAUGUGGAAAAUGUUUUACAACACCUUAUAAUGUACACAGACACAAAAGAAUUCAUGCAGGAGAAAAGCCUUUCAUUUGUGACAAAUGUGGUAAAUGUUUUACAAUGUUUGUCUACUUGAAGACCCACCUUAGAAGUCAUACAGGAGAAAAACCUUACAAGUGUGACACAUGUGGUAAAUGUUUUACAAGCACUUAUAAUGUACACAGACACAAAAGAAUUCAUGCAGGAGAAAAGCCUUUCAUUUGUGACAAAUGUGGUAAAUGUUUUACAAUGUUUGUCUACUUGAAGACACACCUUAGAAGUCAUACAGGAGAAAAGCCUUACAAGUGUGACACAUGUGGUAUAUGUUUUACAACCCCUUAUAAUGUAUAUAGACACAAUACAAUUCAUACAGGAGAAAAGCCUUACAUGUGUGACAAAUGUGGUAAAUGUUUUACAAAGUUUGUCAACUUGAGGAUGCACCUUAGAAGUCAUACAGGAGAAAAGCCUUACAAGUGUGACACAUGUGGUAAAAGUUUUACAAGCACUUAUAAUGUACAUAGACACAAAACAACUCAUACAGGAGAAAAGCCUUACACGUGUGACACCUGUGGUAAAUGUUUUACAAAAGCUUAUAAUGUACACCGACACAAAAAAAUCAUACACGAGAAAAGCCUUACAAGUGUGACAAAUAUGAAAAUAUUUUUCCCAGCAUUAUAGUUUAUAAAAUACCAUAGAAUUCAUACAUUUCAGAAUCUUCUUAGAAAACGUUAUAGGAUAGAUUAUUUAGAUAAAAUUAAGUUACUAAAUAAGCCUACAAUUGUUUAUUGAUAUUUACAUCAAACUGUAAUUUUUAUUCUCUACUAGUUUAGCUCACAGUAUCUCUGGUGUUUGAUACUACAGUAAUACUUUAUUUUCCAUUUUCAUUUCACAUAAUAGUGUCAUAUAUGUACUAUAUUAAUUAUAAACAUAUUGAUACAAUUGUACAUUUAUAUAGCAUUAUAUAUAUAUAUAUAUAUAUAUAUAUAUAU